UCAGGCGGACCCAGACAAGACACAAAAACAGAGGAUGAGCGUAAACAUGGAGAGUCUUCUGUAUUGUUAGUAAAUGACUGGCUCGGCGUGUGGCCGCAUGAUGAAGCUGAUAGUGUAUGGGUAUAACGGCGUGACUGAAACCGCUCUGAGGGGUUUCACAGCUCUGUGAAGCGCUGUCGGUACGUUUUGGUGCAGUGCGUGUUCAUGGAGUCGCAGAGUGAACUGUGCGCGGAUGAGUGGGACGACCUCAGCGACUCUGAGCUCCUCGAUAUCCAGCUAGACCACUUCAGCACAGAUGAAUCACCUCAGCCAUCCAGCAGCAAAACUGACACAAGUAAAAACGCUGUGAAUGAAAGCGCCAUCACUGCCUCACCAUCACUUCACAGGGCUGAGGAGGGGUUGGAGCAAAGAACCAUUGAAAAAGACGAAGAGAGGGGUGAGAAGAGGAAGAGAAACGUUGAGGGUGGCCGCAGUCCUUUGCUGCGCUUCAUGAAGCGUCACCUGAGUGUCACCCUGCUGUGUGAUCAGUCCUGGUGUGAGUUAAAGGUUGAGUAUGGCUUCCGACAUCCUAAAGUCAGGAAAACCGACAAGCAGCGAACAGAAGUGCAGACUGGUGCAAAUAUUCACCGAGCAAGAGAGCUGGAGGUCCAUGAAGUCGUCCCUGUCAAUACCCAGACCAGAGAGGAUUCUUUUGCCAUUAAGCUUCUUAAUAUGCUACACAUGAUUCCCAUAUUAGAGGCAGGGCAGUGUGUACGUGAGUUUCCAGUGUUUGGCCUACUAGAAGGUGUAUUUCUUAUGGGCGUCGUUGAUGAGCUGAGUUAUAACCAGAAGGGGGAGCUGGUGUUGAACGAACUGAAAACCCGCAGACAGGAAUCUCUGCCCGGACGUGCGCAGACCCUCAGUCACUGCUUUCAGGUGGGCUUGUACAAGCUUCUGUUUGAUGGAUUGGUCAGAAGGGAAGCAAGGAAAGAGCACCUUGUGGACAAUCUGAAACUCAGAGCGUCCCUGGAACUUGGAGCUGAAGUCCAAGCAUAUGCUGGGAGAAUCGGCAUUCAAGCCACCAGCUUCGGCGAGCUGGUGGACACAUUCCUCAUGAUCAUGUCCUGUUCUGAGGUGCCAUGUGUCGACCUCCUGCAGAUUGAGUACCGUCACCAGGACUCCAGCAGCCUCAUCAGCACCAUUCAGGUCCCAUUUGAUGAGGUCCAACUACGAGCAGAGCUCCAGAGAUACCUGGCUUACUGGACCGGUCAGAGGGAGCCCAGAGGAGUGGAUAUAGAGGAGGUGUAUAAGUGCAAGAUGUGUCCCUAUGAGGAGAUUUGUGACUGGAGAAAGAACAUAUCACAAGCGCCUGAGACUCUUCACACUAACAAGAGAAUCAAAUGAACUGACACACAGCAAUUUUGUAUUUGGAAUGGCUGUGCUAAUGUCUGUGACCAGCUAUUAAUAAUAUUAAAAUUUUUAAAAAUAAUUAUAUACGCCAUUAUUAACUACCUUAUUUGUUUUAAAUGUUCAUUCAUGAUUCUAUAUAAUGCUUUUAAUUUAAUUUAAUGCUUUUCCUUGUAUUUUUCCCAUUAUUCUAUGUAUAAUUUAUGUGUGAAUAAUGUUAAAGGUAAUUUUAAUGUGAAUAUUAUUCACUGAUUCCAUAUGCACUAAUUGACCAAAAUAUAUUCAAAUGUAUUUAAUAUUUUCUAACAAUAACAGCAGGUGGAAGUUUUUUGUCCAAUGAGAAUGAGAAAUGAUGUGAAAGAAACUGAAGUUGUGUAUGUAUUUAUUUUCAAGGCUUUCUUCAAGACAUCUAUUAAUGUCUAUCUAUUAAUGUUAAUCAUGACUACUCAACCAAAUCAACUGCUCAGUAAAAAAUGAGCAUUUAUGUUCUUGAUAAAUCUUCAGUGGUAAGUAAAGCAGUCUAAAUGAUAGAGUAUCUGCAGGUCAUUAUAAAGCACCAUGUACCAGACUGAACUUUCUCUAAAAGGUUGAACACCUGAGUGUACAAGUUGCUUUUGUAUCACUUCAUCUUUGAUUUGUGACAAAAUUUUGGGCCCAGGGCAUGUAGUGUGCCCAUGCCCUCCCAUUCCCAAAAAAGUAAAGGAAAAAAUAUGUAUUUUUA